UUUUUUUCAAAAUAAAUGAUCAAUUUUAAUAAUAACAAUAAUAAUAAUUAUAUUUUACAAAUAUUUAUAUUUCUGGAAACAUCGGUCAAUAUGCUAUGAGAAUAUUUUUGAAUUUCUAUGCGAUGGAUCGAAUCGAAACAUGAGGAUCUGAUCGAAUUUACGAACACAACGAACAUAUGAUUUCGAGAUAUAUAGACACGUCAGUCAAUGCGGCUAAUAAAAAACAAACGAUACGUAUCUAUGUUCUGUGAAUGAUUUUAUUAUUACAUAUAUAUGUCGCAUGAAUUAUUUAACAUUUAUGUUUUGUUAAGGAAGACAUUUAGUCACACAAUAAUAUUCAAUUUUCUCUUGUAUGCGUACAUAUUAGUGUAAGGAACUGUGCAGUGUUAAAAAUAGCAAUACAUUAACAAAAGUGAGAAUUUCUGUGUCAAUUAUUUCGUUUUUUAUUGCAUUUCUAAACAGUCCAGGUUAUUAUAAGUGCAAUAGUCGGUAAACUAUUUAUCACUGAAUCACUUUGUUGAUGGACAAUUAAUAUUUAUAUUCGUUAAUUUUUGAUAUUCGAUUAAUAUCUGGUUUAUAUACCUCUCAGUACCUGUAUAAAUAAGCAAACAAAAUAAUACAAUGGCUAAAGUUACGUUCUCCCCACGUGCCUGUAGCAAAAUAAUUUUACAUGCUGCUAAAUAUCCACAUUGUGCCAUAAAUGGACUUCUCUUGGCUAAACAAAAAAAUAAGUCUGAAAAAUUAAAUGAUUUGUUUAUUGAAGAUGCUAUUCCACUUUUUCAUCAAUGUUUACAUGUAUCGCCAAUGGCUGAGAUCGCUCUUACCUUGGUAGAUCACUUUGCAGGACAAAAUGGCAUGGUUAUCGCAGGAUAUUAUUUAGCCAACGAAUUGCUGCAAGAUUUGAGUACAGAUAAACCAGCUCACAGAAUAGCUGAUAAAAUAGCUGAAACUUUUGGACCUGCCUUGAUGGCAGUAAUUGAUAAUAAAGAAUUCAGUCAUAACAUGCCUGCAAUGCCUCUUCGAAUUUUACAACAUUCCAGUGAUGGCAAAUGGAAGCUCAAGGAUAAAGCAGACAUUCUCUAUGAGGGAGGAGAUGCUGUAACAGAAGCAAUAACAGUUUUAUUGAAAGAAAAACGAUAUGAAAAUCUCAUAGAUUUCGAUAAUCAUUUGGAUGACAUUUCACUAGACUGGCACAAUAAUGAAUUGAACAAGAUAAUAAUCAAGAAACUAGUUGAUCUUCAAUUAUAAAUUUAAUAGAAAAUUUUUUCAAUGAAUCCAUUUGUAGAUUAUUUGAUUAAAAAAAUAUUGGAAUAAUCAAAUGAUGUUAUUAAAACACUUGCUAUAACCUUGACACAAAAAUUUUUUUUUAUUACCUGAUACAUUAUUAUUUAACGGGUCAUCAGCGCAAGGAACACAUUGAAUACUGUUCAAUGUAAAUGUUAUUAUUACAAUGCCAUACAGAAAAUAUUGUUUGCAAACCACCAGCAGUUUUAAGUACAUAUGUAAUAUA